GAAGUAGGUCUUGGAAAGCAGUUUAUCGUCACAUGGGAAUCCGCUCAAUAACAGGCAGGCAUUUUCUUAGCAGUAGAAGCAUUGCAACCGUUAUUAUUCCAUUUCCCCACUGGCCGAACUGGCUACAUAAGCUAUCAGGCUACGAAAGCAACUCGGGCUACACAGGCUAAAUCGAAUCAAUGGCUUCCAUACUUCGUCAAUGUCUGUAUACGGGCAAAUUCAUAGGCUUCCUACAUGUGGCUGCUUCAUGUCCUGGCUUGCGGCAAUUGUAACAUGAACGUGCGUGAAAGCGAUGGUGUUUCUUCGGAGUUUUCUGGGACGUGUUGACGUGCGAUUCUUGGUCUGGUAGAACAUGUAGUUUGAUCGCAUUAAAAUUAUAUGGGGUUGGGCUUACAGCAUGGAUUUGUUGAACAGGAAAGAAUAAUCUUGGUCGUGAAUUAGGUGGGAUUGACUUCAGCUCAAAAGUCAGCUGUUGAACAAAGGUGUUGAUGGAGUCAGGCAAAUUGGCAAAAAAUGUUGGUUUCAGCUGUUCUGGCAGAUAGUCGAAGAGAAGAGAUAAUAAAUCUUGAAACGUUGGAUUGGGUGUGGUUGAUUUUAAGUAGCAGUGGAUUGCUUGUACGUAUUGCUCCGGUGACAAAGAUUUGGCAUCCAUGUUGAUGGUCAAAUGUUAUGAAAGGUCACAUUUAUUCGUAUAAAUUUCUCAAUUGAUUUUAAGGUAAUAAUGUUAAAUAACAGUUCACUAAAAUACGUUCAGUACAUUUAGUAAAAGGUCAAGAAAAACGAUGGAAUUUCUGAUCAGCAUAUGCAGGCGAUGGAAUUAGAAUCAUGCGUUGGUGAAAUCCCGAUGAAAUAUCGCGUUAGGUAGAAUAACUAAACACCGCAGAACGUAUUCAGGCGGUAAUAAUCUUGUGUUGGCAAAAUUGGGAAAAGAUGGUAUAGAUUCGUAAUGGGCUCGUACUGGGGCGAGCCACCACACAAAAAAAUUCAGAUGAAAAAUAUGAAAGGUCAGAGGAAAACUGAUGUUAACAUAGAUCUCAACCACGAUCUGCUACCAAUUUGCGGGCGGCUCGCCCCAUAUAAAUCUACGUAUGUAUAUACGCUCUAAUCAACGGGACUCGGCGCCGGCAUUUUAUUCCACUGAUCAGAGGAGCUCCCUCUGCGCUAGCACAACCGACACCAUAUAUACUGCCACUGCGCAGCGCAGCUGCGCAAAAAUCAAUAGUCUGACAUCACAUCUCCAGAUCGUUCUGGAUACUUCCAGAACGCACGUCAGUCAUACUCUGAUCAUGCGUACAGCGCGUGCACAUGCAUACAGCCUGUAUGUGGGAGAUAUCCCACACCGGAAAGGUCCGGUAACCGUUGUCGCCGAAGUGUUUCGGUCCAUUUCGCGUGGAAAGGAAAUAAUCAUUGACAGAGUGCAGAAGACUGUGCAAAUCAGACAGCCUGGAGCGCUGCAACAGCACAGCUCGGAGGUGUACACCAUAACUGGUCAAAUCCCCACGGUAGAGAUUCCAGUGGACAGCCAACAGAUACCGCUCAAUGCCGUCCCAGGAUCGGAGACAAUUAGGCUGACAAUUUCUGGUGACAUAAUGGCCACUACUAUGGAAAAUCUCAAGGAGAGCUCAGGCAAAGAGUUCGAAGGCUUGAUUCGGGUUCCUACUGGGUGCGGCGAGCAGACCAUGUCGGUACUUAUGCCUAACGUCUUUUUGGCAAAAUACCUCAAACGAUUGGGUGAUGCAGCCUACACAAAAAACAACCGCAACAAGAGAUUAAAGUACAAUAUCGAAAAGGGAUUCAAGCGAAUGGCAAACUAUCGCCUGAAGAACGGUUCUUACAACACUUUUGGGGAAAACCGGCAUCCAGGCUCUACAUGGUUGACAGCCUACAUCAUUCGCGGUUUCGCACUGGCUAGUGAAUUCAUCAAAGUGGACAAGUCCCUGAUUAAGCACUCAUUGGAAUUUCUGGAUAGCAAACAAAACAGUGACGGAUCCUUACGGGAAGACGGAAACCUCAUCGACCGCCAACAUAACCCCAGCGCUCUGACCGCUUUUGUUCUCCUGGCCUAUACCGAAAACGGUUUCGCCAGCACAACUGUAGCGCGAGUCGCACAACGUUAUCUGGAAGGACAUUUUGAACGAUCCAACGAUCCAUUUACGUUAGGUUUGACCUGUUACGUGUUUACUCGCACUGGAAGUCAGAGAACAUCACACUGCAUAAGGAAACUGAAUCAGCUGGCCGUGGAGCCGGCUCCUGGAAAGCGGUGCUGGCUGGAUAAGACUACUUUAAAAAGCAGUGCUGAAUUUUCGGCAAAGGAUAUUGAGACAACGGGAUAUGCGCUGUUGGCGCUGUGCAACAAUAGUGCUACGAAUGAUCUGAAGCCGGUUAUCGACUGGCUGCUGUCGCAGCGAAACUGGCAAUUCGGCUUCCAGUCCACACAGGAUACUGCUGUGGCUCUGAAUGCCCUUAGCGAAGUAAAACCGAACGUGCAAACUAAAUCACUGGAUGUGGAAGUGGAAGGAUUUGAUGACACGCACCGGUUCACCACCGACAGUCUGUCACCACAGACAUACGAAAUACCGCUGACACAAAAUCGCGUUAAAAUCAGGGCAACGGGUGACGGUAUCGUGAGAUGCCAGCUGGAAUAUUCUUACCGGCAGAAACAGUCGCCAUCGGCAAAGACAAGCCUCAAAAUAGGUGCGCCAGCGCCAGUAACGGUCCCUUUCCGGGAUCCUGCGAUGAGCUACACAUCCGAGAUAGACCUGAAAUUUAAGCUGACUGCAAAGGACGACGAAAACAAUAUCCUGCAGUUACGGCUGUGCCCUUCUUACAAAGGCAAUGUGAUCAGCGGAAAUAUCAUGGUGGAAAUCGAAGCUCUUACGGGAUACAAAUUUGAUGAAGAUGCCGUCAGCGAAUUGCAGAAACAGACGCACAAGGGUGUCCAGAAAGUCGAAUGCGCCCAGGAAAAUCAAAAAUGUUACAUUUAUAUGGAAAAGAUUGAUUCUGGAAUGUCCGUGUGCCUGCCACUGAAGCUACUGAAAAGCUCGGACACACGUAACGCUGCUGGGCGGACUAUCCUUGCCCACGUCAAAAAGUAUUUUCUAAAUUACAUCAAAAUACUGCAACAUAUCGGCACUCUAUAACAACAUAUAUCCACGGCAAAAUUCGGGCAGCCGUUUAGAAACCAGAUUUUAUAUCAGCACAAAUUUGUGUCGAAGUUACAUCCUUUUGCUGGACAAAGCAAAAGCUUCGUAAAAGCCGUUUAUACGUUGUAAAUUCAUCUGCGUUGUUACAAAAUAUUAAUUACAUUUACAGUAAAACCUCUCCUUAAAUACACUUC